UAUGUGGACUAUUAAUUAUUUAAACUUUCAUUAACGAAUGUUGCUCAGUGUGAAAAAUGGAUACAUCAAAUGACUCAAAUUUGUAUAGGUUAGAAGGAACCGAUAAUAAUCAAGCAGCAGGUUUAAUUAUUCGGAAGAAGCCAUCUGACCAUACGUUUAAAAAACCUCAAGUAUCCGUGUUAGGUCUCGAUAAACUUGCAAAACGAAAGAGACAAGAAAAUUCGCAAGAAAGUAAUUCAACAAAAUCUGAAUCAAGUUCACCAAAAUCAGAUGUUAAAGAAAGAAAAUACCGGUCUUAUGCUGAAGAAACUCCAACUCAUACUGGUGGAGUAAACUCUGAAGCACAACAGAGAUUACAAACGCGAUUAAAAUAUCAAAGAUUAAGUGCACAAGAGCAUCAUAGGGAUAGGGAUAAUUAUAGGGAUAGGAAUAAGGAUGGAGAUAGAAAUAGAGAAAGAGACAGAGAAAGAGAAAGAAGUAGAAGCAGGGAUAGUGUUAGGGAUAGUAAUAGACAAACACCUUUAAGAUUUAAAGAUGAACCUCAAACUCCAAUAUUUAAAACAAAGGAUUCUACAUCUAAAAGUAAUUGGGAUGACGACGAAGAUGAAGAACCAAGAAAAUCCAGUUGGGAUCACCCAACACCCAAUCUUUAUAAUAGUAAAGAUAGUCGGGAUAGUAUUAGAAGCGAAUUUACACCUUCGUACAAAUAUAACUCUUGGAAUAGAGAUCGAAAAGCUAGUGGUGCUACACCUAGCAUAGAUGGAGAAGAAAAAGAAUUAUGGGAAGAAGAACAACAACGAUUGGAUAGGGAGUGGUAUGCCUUGGAUGAUGGAGAAAAUCGUGCAUUUGCUGAUGUAUCUGAGGAAUAUACACGUAAAAAGGAAAUGGAACUAGAAGCUAAAAGGCAAAAACGUCUUUCUGCCCAACAGCGACAAAUAAAUAAAGAUAAUGAAUUAUGGGAACGUAAUAGAAUGUUAACUUCUGGUGUUGUGAGUUCUUUAGAUCAUGAUGAUGAUCCUGAUGAUGAAGGAGAAACUAGGGUACAUCUCUUGGUUCAUAAUGUUGUUCCUCCAUUUCUGGAUGGUCGAAUUGUAUUCACUAAACAACCGGAGCCGGUUGUUCCUGUACGUGAUCCUACUUCUGACAUGGCUCUUGUAGCAAGAAAAGGAUCAGCUUUGGUACGAGCAUAUCGUGAACAAAAAGAACGAAAAAGAGCGCAAAAGAAACAUUGGGAACUAGCUGGAACUCAUAUUGGUAAUAUUAUGGGUGUACGUGAUAGACACAAAGAUGACAAAGAAGAUCCAGGACAAGAAACUGACUUUAAAGCUGGUCAAAAGUAUGCACGUCACAUACGAGGCGAUGAAGUUACUGGGGAAGCUAAGUACAGGUCUAUUCAGCAUCAGAGACGAAGUCUUCCAGUAUUUGCUGUACGACAGGAAUUGUUAAAUGUAAUCAGAGAAAAUAGUGUGGUUGUUAUUGUUGGAGAAACUGGCAGUGGAAAAACUACACAAUUGACGCAAUAUCUUCACGAAGAUGGUUAUAGUCGCUAUGGCAUAAUUGGAUGUACACAACCUCGAAGAGUGGCAGCUAUGUCUGUAGCAAAGAGAGUUUCUGAUGAAAUGGCUACUACUUUAGGAGAAAAAGUUGGCUAUGCUAUUCGUUUUGAAGAUUGCACUUCCAAAGAUACUGUUAUUAAAUACAUGACUGAUGGUAUUUUAUUAAGAGAAAGUUUGAGAGAAGGGGAUUUAGAUCGAUACAGUGUAAUUAUUAUGGAUGAAGCUCAUGAAAGAUCUUUAUCAACUGAUGUUCUAUUUGGUUUAUUAAGAGAAGUCGUAGCUCGUCGGCAUGAUUUGAAAUUAAUCGUUACAUCGGCAACAAUGGAUUCUAGUAAAUUUUCAGCAUUUUUUGGAAAUGCUGCAACAUUUCAAAUUCCCGGACGCACAUUUCCAGUUGAAGUACUACAUGCAAAAAAUCCAGUAGAAGAUUAUGUCGAUGCUGCAGUGAAACAAGUAUUACAAAUUCAUUUACAACCGCGUUCCGGCGAUGUGUUGGUGUUCAUGCCUGGUCAAGAAGAUAUUGAAGUUACGUGUGAGGCUUUAAAAGAACGUUUAGCAGAAAUCGAAUCAGCUCCUCCACUUUCUAUUUUGCCCAUUUACUCACAAUUACCCUCAGAUUUACAAGCUAAAAUAUUUCAACGUUCGGAAGGUGGUUUAAGGAAAUGUGUUGUAGCAACGAAUAUAGCUGAAACUUCGUUGACUGUUGACGGAAUUGUAUUUGUUGUGGAUUCAGGUUAUUGCAAGUUGAAAGUUUAUAACCCACGAAUUGGUAUGGAUGCUUUACAAGUAUAUCCUGUAUCUAGAGCCAAUGCUGAUCAAAGGGCAGGAAGAGCAGGACGUACUGGUCCUGGAACCUGCUAUAGACUAUACACUCGAAGACAGUAUUUAGAUGAAUUAUUAUUAACUGGAGUUCCAGAAAUACAGCGAACUAAUUUAGCAAAUACUGUAUUGCUACUGAAGUCUUUAGGUGUUCAAGAUUUAUUGGCCUUUCAUUUUAUGGAUCCUCCACCACAAGAUAACAUAUUGAAUUCCCUAUAUCAGUUAUGGAUUCUGGGCGCAUUAGAUCAUACAGGACGUUUGACACCUUUAGGACGACAAAUGGCAGAAUUUCCAUUAGAUCCACCUCAAUGUCAAAUGCUCAUAGUCGCUUCUCAACUUGGUUGUACUGCAGAUAUACUUAUUAUAGUUUCUAUGCUCUCAGUGCCUUCAAUAUUUUAUCGACCAAAAGGCCGCGAAGAAGAUUCUGACUCAGCUAGAGAAAAAUUCCAAGUACCAGAGUCUGAUCAUCUAACAUAUCUAAACGUGUAUAAUCAAUGGAAAGCAAAUGGUUAUUCUAGUUCUUGGUGCAAUGAUCAUUUCAUUCAUGCAAAAGCUAUGCGGAAAGUAAGAGAAGUUAGACAACAACUUGAAGAAAUUCUGAAGCAACAAAAGAUGGAAGUAGUGAGUUGCGGCACCGAUUGGGAUAUUGUUCGAAAAUGUAUUUGUUCGGCGUAUUUCCAUCAGGCAGCCCGUUUAAAAGGUAUUGGUGAAUACGUGAAUUGUCGUACCGGAAUGCCAUGUCAUCUUCAUCCAACAUCAGCUUUGUUCGGUAUGGGAUUCACACCAGACUAUGUAGUAUAUCAUGAACUUGUGAUGACUGCCAAAGAAUAUAUGCAGUGUGUAACUGCUGUUGAUGGGCACUGGCUGGCAGAAUUAGGUCCUAUGUUCUUUAGCGUUAAAGAAACUGGACGAAGUGGACGAGCAAAAAGACGACAAGCCAUGCAACAUCUACAUGAAAUGGAAGGUCAGAUGAAAGAAGCAGAAGAAGAAAUGAAAGCUCGAGCACAAGAACAACUUGAACGUGAACAAGCUUCUAUCAGAAAAAAGGAAAUAUUGACACCAGGUAUCAGAGAACCAGGAACACCUGCUCCUUAUCGAAAAACUCCGGGUAGAUUGGGGUUGUAA